UGGGAAUCGAGUAGAGUCCUCUGGUUUUUCUGAGGCCUGUGCUCUUUGAGGGCCAUAGCUUGGGACCCUUUGAACCCUAAUCUCCACCGAAACCCAUUUUCUGGGAAAAUUUUCCGGACAAGAAAAAGAGAAGAGGAAAAUGCAGAAUCAUAGGCUGAAGCAGCAGCAGCAACAACAACAACAGGCUCUGAUGCAGCAAGCACUUCUCCAACAACAGUCUCUCUACCACCCUGGCCUCCUUGCUCCUCCUCAGAUUGAACCAAUUCCAAGUGGAAAUCUGCCUCCUGGUUUUGAUCCAAGUACUUGCCGCAGUGUGUAUGUUGGGAACAUCCAUACACAGGUAACUGAACCUCUUUUGCAAGAAGUUUUUGCUGGUACUGGCCCAGUUGAAGGUUGUAAACUUAUCAGAAAGGAGAAGUCAUCCUAUGGAUUUAUUCAUUACUUUGAUCGCAGAUCUGCUGCUCUUGCCAUAUUAUCUCUUAAUGGAAGGCAUCUAUUUGGCCAGCCUAUCAAAGUUAAUUGGGCAUAUGCCAGUGGCCAGCGAGAGGACACAUCAGGUCAUUACAAUAUUUUUGUUGGUGAUCUAAGUCCUGAGGUCACUGAUGCUACACUAUUUGCAUGCUUUUCUGUCUACACCAGUUGUUCAGAUGCAAGGGUUAUGUGGGAUCAGAAGACUGGGCGUUCAAGAGGAUUUGGAUUUGUUUCAUUCCGCAGUCAACAGGAUGCACAAAACGCUAUAAAUGAUUUGACUGGUAAAUGGCUUGGAAGUAGACAAAUACGCUGUAACUGGGCAACUAAAGGUGCUGGUGGUAUAGAAGAGAAGCAAAACUCAGAUGCAAAAAGUGUGGUGGAACUAACAAAUGGCUCAUCUGAAGAUGGUAAAGAGGUUUCUAAUAGUGAUGCUCCUGAGAAUAAUCUUCAGUAUACAACGGUUUAUGUGGGUAACCUUGCUUCAGAGGUAACUCAACUCGAUCUCCAUCGCCACUUCCAUUCUCUUGGGGCUGGCGUGAUAGAGGAGGUUCGUGUCCAGCGUGAUAAAGGGUUUGGUUUCGUGAGGUACAGUAAUCAUGCUGAAGCAGCUCUGGCUAUUCAGAUGGGGAAUGCCCAGUCUCUUCUUCUUGGAAAACAAAUUAAGUGCUCUUGGGGGAGCAAGCCCACUCCACCUGGAACUGCUUCAAAUCCCCUUCCCCCACCUGCUGCUGCAUCUCUGCCUGGGCUGUCUCCAAACGAUCUUUUGGCAUACGAGCGACAACUAGCCAUGAGUAAGAUGGGGAGCGUGCAUGCUGCCUUGAUGCAUCCCCAAAGCCAACAUUCUCUUAAACAAGCAGCGGCCAUUGGAGCCAGCCAAGCAAUAUAUGAUGGUGGGUUCCAGAAUGUUGCAGCUGCACAGCAAAUGAUGUAUUACCAGUAACACUCCGCGCUUCUCUUGAUGUGGUUUAUGCAACUAUUAUAUAUCCUGCCUGCUGCACAUUGAUUCCUGUUAAACUUUAGGGAGCUUUUACAUUUUACCCUUUUUCACUUCACGGUGGUUUGGUAGUUACACCUGCCAUAUUAGAUAAUUAUGAGCAAACAUUUGUAUGGGUUUGUAUCAUGUAUGCGGUUUUCUACUUAGUAGUGAUGAGUGUUUAUGAUUUUAAUAGGGAUUGUCUACCCUGACAUUUUUCUUCUCACACCCAUUUGGGUGUUACUAUGCGAUGCUUGUCAUCAAUAUCAUCAUCCUGUCUAUA